CCACCGAAGGUAGUUAUGAGAGGAAACUUUACCACAGUGACUGAGUUCAUUCUCCUGGGACUGACCAAUCGUCUAGAAUUACAGAUUCUCUUCUUUGUGCUGUUCCUGGCCAUUUACAUGGUCACAGUGGUGGGGAACCUUGGCAUGAUCGUACUCAUCCAGGUCAAUGCCCGGCUCCACACACCCAUGUACUUUUUCCUGAGCCACUUGUCCUUUGCGGAUCUCUGCUUCUCUUCCAAUGUGACUCCAAAGAUGCUGGAGCUCUUCCUUUCAGAGAAGAAAACCAUUUCCUAUCCUGCUUGUCUGCUGCAGUGUUACCUCUUCAUUGCCUUGGUCCACGUUGAAAUCUACAUCCUGGCUGUGAUGGCCUUUGAUCGGUACAUGGCCAUCUGCAACCCUCUGCUCUAUGGCAGCAAGAUGUCCAAGAGCGUGUGCACAUCACUCAUCACGGUGCCUUACGUGUACGGUGCGCUCACUGGACUGAUGGAAACCAUAUGGACCUACAACCUGGCCUUCUGUGGCUCCAAUGAAAUCAACCACUUCUACUGUGCUGACCCACCACUGAUUAAGCUGGCUUGUUCAGACACCUACAACAAAGAGUUGUCAAUGUUUGUUGUGGCUGGUUUCAACUUCUCUUAUUCUCUCCUUAUUAUCCUUAUUUCCUAUAUCUACAUAUUUCCAGCCACCUUAAGGAUCAGCUCUGCAGAAGGCAGACGCAAAGCUUUCUCUACGUGUGGCUCCCAUCUGACAGCUGUCACCAUAUUCUAUGCUGCUCUCUUCUUCAUGUAUCUCAGACCCCCCUCAGAAGAGUCCGUGGAGCAGGGGAAGAUGGUGGCUGUGUUCUAUACCACCGUGAUCCCCAUGCUCAACCCCAUGAUCUACAGUCUGAGGAACAAGGAUGUGAAAGAGGCAUUAGCCAAAGAACUGUUUAGAAGGAAAUUACUUUCUAAAUAA